UGUGAGAGAUGGUUCUGGUUCAAUUUUUUUCAACAAAAAAAGACGGGGAAAGACGGUUUGGAGAUUCCUUAUACUUGUUUAUUUUUGCAGGUUCUUGUUGUCGAUCAUAUUGAUGCCUCCUAAGGGAAAAAACAACAAUGUGUACCUCGCAAUGUACUUCGCGACCUUCAGAUAAUAUAAUUGAUGAUAUUCUUGUGCGUUUGCCUUUGCGAGAUACUGUGAGGACUAGCAUCUUAUCAAAGAGAUAUAGGUGGUGUCGACUUCCACAUUUGACUCUUUGAUGAAAUACAUUGGAAAACUGAAAAGGGUUUAAUAUGCCAUCCAAGUAAAAUUACAAACAUUAUCUCCCACAUUUUGAAACUUCACGCAGGACCAAUAACAAAUUAUUCCCUUUGCUACUUCACGCGGGAAAAAAUUGUAAUUGGUCAUGCGUGAAGUUUCAAAAUGUGGGAGAUAAUAUUUACUAUAAUUUUACUUGGAUGACAUAUUAAACCCUCUUCGGUUUUCGAAACUGUUUCAUCAAGCGUCAAAUGUGGAAGUCGACAUCACUUAUAUCUCCAUCGAUAGGAUGCUAGUUUUCACAGUAUCUCGUAUUGGGAAUGCUUGCUCAAUAUUUUGAAGAUGAUGAAUUUUGGAGAGAGGUGGAUUGAAUGGAUCAGAACUUGUAUAUCAACAGUGAAGUUUUCUGUGUUGGUGAAUGGAAAUCCUGUAGGAGUUUUUAGCUCCCAGAGAGGAUUGAGACAAGGGAUCCCCUCUCCCCUUAUCUUUUUGUCCUGGUGAUGGAAAUUUUGAGUUUAAGUUAAAAAGAUCUGAGAGGGGUUGUAGAAUGGAGAAUCAUGAAAGAGGAGAAAUGAAUGUCUCACACAUCUUAUAUGCAGACGAUACCCUUAUUUUGUGAAGCCAAGAGGGAGAAAAUUCUCUAUCCUAGAGGGAUCCUGUUGGCAUUUGAAGUCUCAGGCUUGAAAAUAAACCUGACAAAGAGUUGUAUUUUCAGUAUUAAUGCUGAUAACAUGAUUGAGGAACUGGCUGAUAUUCUGGGUUGCAGAAUUGAAAAGUUUCCAACCAACUAUUUGGGGCUUCCACUUGGUGUCCACAUGGCAAAGUUUAAUUGAUAAUGUACAAAGAAGAUGUCCACAUGGUACAAGCAAUAUCUGUCCUUUGGUGGAAGAAUCACUGUGGUUAAUAGUGUGUUGGAUGGCAUACCAACCUAUUUGAUGUCUUUAUUUCCUAUACCCUCGCAAUUGAGAAGAAAAUCAAUUCCAUAGGAGUCAGUUUCUAUGGGAAGGCAAUGCAGAAAAAGGAGAAUGCAUUUGGUCAAUUGGCAGAAAGUAAUGAGAAACAAGGAAGCUGGAGGGCUUGGAGUGCGGAAUUUGAAGCUUUACAACAAGAGUCUAUUGUGCAAAUGGUUAUGGAGAUUUAAUGAAGAAGGUGAGGAACCAUGGAAAAAGCUGAUUACCAUUAAAUAGGUAAAAUAGACUAUUGGGAUCCUAGUCCAGUGGUUACAUAUGCAGGUGCCUCUCUGUGGAAGUAUAUAAGUAGUUUAUGGCCUUUACUACAAGGAAACAUAAUGGUGAAGAUUGGAAACGGGAACAAAGCUAGGUUCUGGAAAGAUGUCUGGGCCGGAGAAGGAAAACUGAUAGAAAAAUUUCCCCAUCUUUAUAGCAUUACUACUAACAAACUUUGCACUGUUGCAGAAUGCCACAGGAACAGGAUGACAACCAAUUUUCAGAAGACACUUCAAUGAUUGGGAAGUGGAAGAUAUCUGUCGACUACGCAAAAUUUUAGAGCCUAUAGCCUUGGAUGAUAGUAGAGAAGAUGCCCAGAUUUGGAUGGCCAGUAGAGAUAAGAAAUACUCCGUUAAAAGCUGCUAUAAUCUUCUUCAACAAGAAACUGGGCAGCGGGAGGAAUCAUGGCCAUGAAAGAUGCUUUGGAAGACCAAAGCACCAACAAAAGUUGCUGGAUUUGGAUGGACUGUAGCCUGGAAUAGAUGUCUUACCCAAGAUAUGCUACAAAGAAGAGGUUUUGCUUUAUGCAGUAGAUGUUUUUUCUGUGAAGAAAGCCUGGAGUCUGUAAAUCAUUUGUUUCUUCAUUGCCGGCAGACCAGACAGAUUUGGGACCUAUUCCUUAACAUAUAUGGUGUGAAGUGGGCAAUACCAAACAGUGUUAGAAGUCUGCUGGAAAGUUGGCAGGGUCAAUCAGUAGGCAAAAGGAAGAAAAAGAUGUGGAGUUGUGGCCACUGCUUGGCAAACAUUUCUCUGUGGAGGAGCAAGAAAUCAUUGUUGGUCGUAUAAUUGGAAGCACAGGAGCUGAAGUACUUCAAUCAAUGUUGCCCUGGAUAACCUCUGCUCUUCCUCAGGAUGAGCAGAAUAAGAUGAUGGACACAUUAAAGCAGGCUACUAAAAACACCAUGUUCAGCGAAUGGCUCAACGAGUGUUGGAGACGAACUCCUGAAAUAUCUGCACAGCCUGAAAAGCCUUGCAAACUAGCAAUACAAACAGAGGUUCAGUUGUUCAUUUUUCAUGAAGGCUUGGACCAGAGUGACCAUAUGUUCAAACCCAGCUGGAAAGACAUUUCCGUAUGAACCAAACAGACUUGAGUCAGAGAUUAGAAAAGUUAACAGGGAUUCAACUCUUGAUCCAAGAAGGAAAUCUUAUUUAAUUCAAAAUCUGAUGACUAGCUGUUGGAUAGCCUCUCAGCAGAAAUCACAAGCAUCAAUAGAAGAAGUUUCUUGUAAUGAAGAUGUUGGGUGUUCACCGUCCUUUCGAGAUCCAGAGAAGCAGAUUUUUGGAUGUGAGCACUACGGAAGAAACUGCAAACUUCCUGCAGCUUGGUGUGGAAAAUUGUUUACAUGCAGAUUCUGCCAUGAUGAAGUGAGCGACCAUUCAAUGGACAGGUCUAGUAAUAUAGCUGUUGUACCCAUCCUUUCACAUUCCUUCCAGCUCAAAGGUUGCAGACACAUACAAUCUCACGAGAGCUACACUUUCAUAGUCUCACGAAGUGCCUUCAAAUAUCCUGCUGUUUCUCUCCCUCCGCAAUGCAUAGAUAGUUUCAGCAUCUAUCAUUUUUAGCACUUGUGCAUGCUUUGAUUUUCCUUUUGUUUGCUCUAUAAACUACUGAAAGAAUUGCCCCCAAGUAUUAAUUGCCACAGGUUGCAUCUGUAGCCAUAGAAACGAUCUCCACCAUAGUUGGUUGGCAUAUCUACAUUCUACAAAGAGAUGAUCUCUGGUCUCAUUCAGCUCGACAGAAAAUACAUGUGGGAUUAAUAUUGAGUCCCCAUUUUAUCAGUCUGUCUACAGUUAGCAUCCUUCCAUGAUUGUGGAGCCACAUUAUAACAAUGGCUUUUGG